AUGUUGUUUUUCGCUGCAAGACGGCGCAUUGGCGUCGUACAACUACCUGGUGCUCGUCGCCGAGCUCUCCCUCUUCGUCGCAGCUUAAUCCCCGCUCCGCGCUCCAAUUCAGGCCCUCUUAUGGAGCGUCGAGCAGAUCGAGAAUUGCCGUCCGUUAACAGCGAGCGCCGCUGGCUGCGUACACUACCGCUCUUCGCGGUCGUCGUGGGCGCGGCCAUGCUAGGCAUAUUCAAUUAUCAAAAGUCUUCCUCAAGCGUGGUCAGCAGCACAUUGUAUGCUCUACGGACUUCGCCACGUGCCCGUGAGAUUCUGGGGGAUGAAAUAUACUUUGCUCAGAAAAUUCCCUGGAUUAGUGGUGAAAUGAAUCAGCUACAUGGUCGCAUCGACAUUUCUUUUUGGGUCAAGGGGACAAAAGGCCAAGGCAAGAUGAGGUUUCGGAGUAUCAGGCCCAACCGCAUGAGUUAUUUCCGCACGGAGGAAUGGAGCUUGGAAACAAAAGACGGGACGGUGGUUCAACUCCUCGACAGUGAUAGCGACCCGUUCCGACAAAACAAUUAG